AUGGAUGGCGAAAAGGGCGAGUUCCAGGCCCUCGGCGGCUCUUUGGCUCUCGAUCAGAAGGGCGAGUUCCAGGCCCUUAGGGGCACAUUAUCACUCGAUCUAUCCAACUGUAAACUACGAAAUCCUCAACCGACAGCUACCAGUACAGAACCGCGCAAUGAUCCAACUCUCGAACAAAAGCAGUACGCUCAAGGAUUCUUCGAUGCCCUCCGUACGGUUCAACAGAUUCAUAAUUUUGAAUUCGAAAAGAAAGUUCUAUCACCGGGAUUCAUAGCCCCAAUUGUUGGCUCUGAAUUACUCACACCGCUCAUUUCUCCUUCUAGUCGUGACUAUCAAGCAAUCCUCAAUGCCAUGGUGGCGAAGACACCGAUUAUGCAGCCAACAGUGGGAAUCUCGACAAGUUCCGUCUUAACACCAGGGUUUCCAACUGCAGUCUCAGCUCCGGGCACCUCAUCCACCUCUUCAGGAGCUGCUGCACCAUCAACGUCUGCCACUUCGUCUACAGCCCCAGAACCUGUCGUAAAGGUAGAGGUUCAAGUUAAACAAGAGCCCCGAUGCGUUUCUGAUGAUUCCACAGAGUCUGAUCGGUCGAGAUCGUCCAGUACCACAGCUCAUCACUCGACUCGUCACAGCCUCAAAAACGACUUGGAGUGA